AAAAUCUGCCUCGCGUUGAAGACAGUUUUAGUAAAUAUUAUCCGAGGAAGAAGAAAGCAUCUUUACUGACGAGUCAUGAGUGGAUGUCCGUACUUUGAGAAGAGGCAUUUGUUAUUCAAAAACAAGCCCCCGAAUGAGGACGAGGAGGAAGCCGCUCAGGCAGGCGUGAACAAGGCCAGCAAAGGAGGAAUCAUCUAUGGGGACUACCUGCAGCUUGACAAAAUAGUCACGGCCCAGGUGUUGCAGAGUGAAGUGAAGGGAAAUAAGAUCCACGAUGAGCACCUCUUCAUUGUCACCCAUCAAGCCUAUGAACUCUGGUUCAAACAGAUUUUGUUUGAACUUGAUUCAGUGCGAGAGAUCUUCAUCAGCGGCCACGUCCGAGACGAGCGCAACAUGCUCAAAGUCAACACUCGCAUCCACAGGAUCGUGAUGAUAUUCCGGCUGCUGGUCGACCAGUUUGCUGUUUUGGAAACAAUGACAGCCUUGGACUUUUUUGACUUCAGGGAAUACCUGGCACCAGCCUCGGGCUUCCAAAGCCUUCAGUUUCGGCUCCUGGAAAACAAAACCGGGGUCCCAGACAACCUGAGGGUUCCAUACAACAGACGCCAUUACAGGGACAACUUCAAGGGUCGUGAGAGUGAGAUGCUGCUGGCCAGUGAGAAGGAGCCCACACUCUUAAAGCUGGUCGAGGAGUGGCUGGAGAGAACUCCGGGCUUGGAGGUGGAUGGGUUCAAUUUCUGGGAAAGGCUGGAAAUCAAUAUAUUUGAUGGGCUGAAUAGAGAGAAGGAGAAAAUCACGAAAAUGCCAAAUUCUGAGGAGAAGGAGGAAAUGAUGGUGGAGCUGGUCAAACAGAAAGAGCUCUUUACUUCGCUGUUUGAUGAAAAGCGACACAAUCAUCUCGUCAGCAAAGGUGAGAGGCGGAUCUCUUACAAGGCUCUGCAAGGCGCCCUGAUGAUCAACUUCUACAGGGAGGAGCCGAGGUUCCAGGUUCCUUUCCAGCUGCUCACAUCCCUCAUGGAUAUUGACACGUUAAUGACAAAAUGGAGAUACAAUCACGUAUGCAUGGUGCAUCGUAUGAUUGGCAGCAAAGCCGGCACGGGGGGCUCCUCCGGCUACCACUACCUGAGAUCCACUGUCAGCGACCGCUACAAAGUGUUUGUGGAUCUGUUCAACCUGGCAACGUUCCUGGUGCCGCGCCACUGGGUGCCCAAGCUGAAUCCCAAUGUGCACACCUUCCUGUACAUGGCCGAGUGCUGCGACAGCUCCUACUGCAGCAGUGAGGACUCCGACUAGAGGUGGUGUGGGGGGGCAGCACGCUCAUCUGUCCUGGCUUCUUUUUCUUUAACUGUAAAUCAGGCCUCGCUGAGCUGAAAAGUGUUAACGGCAGGUGCGUAGGUGGGAAGGUGGUCAACAAGCCAUGCAGAUGAACACAUUACGAUGCUAGGGAACAUAAUGCUGCAGUCUAAUGAGCUACACAUCAGGUUGGUGUACCUGAGAAUACAUUUUUAAGGAAUUAAUUAGGACAGUCUUACUAUCUUACCUCUAGGAUUAUAAAUGACAGUUACAGACAAAAUAUUGUGUUUUUUAGGCAUCUUGAGUUUCAAAUUGAUGUUUUUCUAGUUGAGGAAGGAUGCUGAAGGGGGACAUAAGACAAGGAGGGACAACUAAAAGUUUUAUCACUGCUGGUUUUCCAGGAAGUACGUGUAAAUACAGAAACUUGUACAUGUCAUUGUUUAGCAAGCAAAGGUAGAAACUCAUUGUUUUUCCCUAUGACACUAACAGCACAUCCCAAAGUAACGUUAAAAAGAUAGAUUAAAAAAAGUAAAUUAUUAGUUCAUUAGCUGCUUCGGGCGUCUGACCCUGAUUAAAUCAAAUAGCCAGAGUAAACAAUUUUUGGCACCAAUCUGUGAUCCUGACCGGUCACGAGUCACGAGUACAGCAGAUGGCUCCUUGAUAAGAUUCGCUUAGAUGUUUUCUCAAUAACAUUAUGCAAAUACGCUGUGACUGACCUGACAGUGAAUGGAUCGGUGAGAGAGCUGAUCAAACUGGAGGCGAUGAAGACUUUUCUUUUCUUUUUUUUUUUUAUAUAACAAAGCAUGAGGACGGUGUCGGAGAGCAAGUUAUUUCUGAACACUCAGACAUGACUCAGGUGGAAACCUCUGCAUAAACAAUCAACGUCAAGAUCUACAAUAGAACAAAAGCAUUGAAAUCUGUACAUAAUGUCAAUAAUGUAGCUGUUAUAAAUGAGCUUUGUAUAGUAUUCUAUAUGGUGUUUUGACUGAUGCUAUGUAUUUAUGCAAUGAUCAAAUGGUCUCUGUAUAUCUUAAUUUGAUUAUUAUUAUAUUACCCAUGACUUGUAUAACCUUAUGUAUUUAAGAUACACAUUUUUGUACAGUGCAUCUUGUUGUCGGAUUUACAGUGUGAGUGUCUUAAUCGCUCAGUUAUCAUCCAACAUUUAUCAACGUAUGAAGUGAUUUAUUUUGUUUUACCGAUGCAAGAUGGUGACAUUUCAAUAAAGAGAAACAUUAUUUAAAAUGACA